GAAAGAAAGAAAGAAUCAAAAUUUCAUAUUUCUGUUUCUGUGCGAUUUGAGCACUAUCUCCCUCUCUCUCUAUAUACACAGACGACUACUCAAAUCAAUCUUCUGCUGCUUGAUCUUUCCCAAAGUUGAUGAGAUGAGGCAAGAAUUCGGUAAAAAUCAAAGGUCAUCUUCGUGGCCUAAAACAAUUGUGAGAAAAUGGUUGAAUAUGAAGACUAGAUCCGAUGAGUUUCAUUCUGAUUAUACAACAAAAGGAACAACAGCGGGUACAAACGAAAUGAGAAGGAAGAGUUGUUCAGAUAGGGAUAAAUAUGUUAUGAUUCCAAGAGACAUCUCUAAAGGAUGGGAAGUCGAAUCGUCGGAAAGUCUAAAAAGACCAAGACCAUUUGAACAAGAAUCAUCCACUGCCACCAAUGAUCUUAACCAAAGGUUGUUUGUAGGGACAUGGAAUGUAGGAGGGAAAUCACCACAUAAAGGAUUAAACAUUAAAGAUUGGCUUUCUACAAAUUCUCCGGCUGAUAUUUAUGUUCUUGGGUUUCAAGAAAUUGUCCCAUUAAAUGCAGGAAAUGUAUUCGGUGCAGAAGAUAACGGUCCUGCAACCAAGUGGCUAUCCCUUAUACGUCAAGCUUUGAACAAUACAGAUGAAAAAGACACUGAAAUUCUAGAAAAUUAUAAUAAUGACACUUCUAAACAACAAGAAACAUCAGAACUGAUCACUCUGAAGCAACAACUACAGUCUUCUAGUACUACUCCUAAUCAGUUUGACCAAAUUGAACAACAACCUAACCAGCUGACUAAACCCAGAACCAGUUUCUCUGACUUAUUAUCCAUGGACCAUGACUUAGAAAUUGACGAAUUAUCAUAUGAACCUUAUGAUUUUUCAUCAAAUUCUACUUCAAGUUCAAAUUCAAGUUGUGAAGGUUCACCUACUCCACCAGCUGGAUUAUCGACUAGGUUUGGGAGUAAUCGUUCGAUGGGUGAUCGUUAUUGUUUGGCUGCAAGCAAGCAAAUGGUUGGGAUAUUUUUAUGUGUAUGGGUUCGUACCGAUCUUUAUCAGCAUGCUAGUAAUUUGAAGGUUUCUUGUGUUGGUAGAGGCAUCAUGGGUUAUCUCGGUAAUAAGGGUUCAAUUUCAAUAAGUAUGACGCUGUAUCGGACCUCGUUUUGUUUCGUAUGCACCCAUUUGACAUCUGGUGAAAAAGAAGGUGAUGAAGUUAGAAGAAAUUCUGAUGUUAUGGAAAUAUUAAAGAAGACGAGAUUUCUUAGUUCGCGUAAACUUGAAAACGAAAUUUCGCCCGAUAACAUCUUGCGUCAUGAUAACAUUAUUUGGCUUGGGGAUUUAAACUACCGACUCUCGUCACCUGGUUGCAUUGACACUCUUGAAUUACUAAAGAAAAAUGACUGGCAAACUCUUUUAGAAAAAGAUCAGCUAAGAAUUGAGCAAAAAGCAGGACGAAUAUUUCAAGGGUGGGAAGAAGGAAGGAUACAUUUCGCACCAACCUACAAAUACUUAAACAAUUCGGACCGCUACGUUCUACCCCAAAACAAUACUACCUCCAAACCUAAAGAUAAACGACGCACUCCUGCCUGGUGCGAUAGGAUACUGUGGAAAGGUGAAGGAGUGGAACAGAUGUUUUAUAUGAGAGGGGAGUCAAGAUUCUCAGAUCACAGACCUGUCUCUUCUCUAUUUUGUGUACAAUUUGAUAAUCAUCUGUCAUCUAACAAGACCAAGCUUAUCAGGCCUACAACGGCGACGUGGUCUCGAAAAAUAAAAUCCCAACAGCAACAUCAACAUCAACAGCAACAACAACAAGUCAGUCAACAGAAAAGUCAGAACUCGCAAUAUUCUUUCAUCAGUAAUAUUAGGAAUAUGGAUGAUCCUGGCAUCGACAUGCGUGGUAAAAUUUCAAGCCGAAAAGUUGUUGCAGCCAGUUGCUAGCUUAACUAAAAAGUGACAGACAUAAUCAUAUAUAUAUUGAUAAACAAAGGUGAUGUGCCAGAUUGAAUCGUCACUCCAAGCAUUAGAACAAACACUAGAAGAGAGAGGGAGACCGAGCUUAUGAUGGCCAGUUAUUUCUUUGGUUUGUUAAUUAACUGAAGGCGUGACUCCUGUCAGAGCACUCCAACUUUGAUAUAUAUGUGAGAUAUUAGGAGAUAAGCAGUUAUGUCAGAUCAGGUAGAGGUGAUACAACAUUUUUACAAGCAUGACGAAGCACUCAAACCUGUGCUUCCGCCUAAGGGUCAGAGCUCAAGCGUAUUUGAUUGUUUUGAUCAGUGUGUGUUGGAAAUCUUGGGAUAAGCUGACUAGCUAGUUAGGUACAAAGUCUGCUUUCAGCAGAAUGGCUUCUUUUGUUUAUUUCUAUCGAAACAAAGUUUUUGUGAACUGUCCUCAUAUGCAACUGUAAAAUGUACAGAAGCUUGAUUCAACAACCAACAAUGUGAUAAUCUUUUUUAGAGCUUAGAUAGUGAAUGGACUCCUGAGUUCUUUGA